GCUCCCCUUGCACCAUACGUUGGAGAGAUAACUGAUAUAAGGGCCUCAAAGUCAAGUGCUGUUAUCCAGUUAUGGCCUGCAGAACAAAGAAAUGGCCCCAUAAGGUAUGAUCCAAGCCUUGCUCCCUCAUUAAUAGAUUUUCGAUCAUAGUAGUACGUUUACGCGACAAGACGGCAAAAAGGAGAGGAAGGCGAAAGGUUUGUGUGUAAAAAGCUUGACCGGGCUAGUACCUACGUUUUUUUUUUUCGUGAUCUUCUUUUAACUUUACUGGGUUUGGGCUUUUGCAAAAAUAUUUGUUUGAAAGAAGGUGAAGUUUGUGGAAAAAUUUUAUUAAACGUAAAUGUUGUGUCGCUUGUCACACACGCUAAGUUAAUUAAUGCUGAAAUGAGAAUGCCAGCGUUCCAACAUAUAUUUACAUAUACUUCUUGUUACUCAAAGGGAUCUUUCCACGGUCGAAAUGUGCAACACAAUUUGGCCAGCGGCUCGCUUAAGUGGCUCGUAGAUCCAUAAAACUUUAAUAAUUAUAUGACGUCAUUUUAUCAUUAAUAAGAGGACAGACAUAUAUAAAACCUGGCGUCAAUUUGUUUUACAGUAACAAAAGCUCGAAAAAUGACGUUUUUAAACUAGCAUAAUGUUAUUGUCAAUAACUUUCCUCGCUUGGUGAUUGGCUACUGAAGACAAGUAACUGAGUUUCAUUGGCUAAAAAUUUGACAGGUUGAGACACCUCACUGCCAAUACAAUACAAUAAUUUUUAUUAACUCUCCCAAAGGGCUAUUCUGAAGUUAAUUUAUAAAUGCUAAAAAAGAAGGGGGUAAGGAGAAAAAGCUUAAAUUGAUUGAAAUCUUGGUACAAAACUAAAAGCCUAAACUAUGCACGUACAAUUACGUUAUCUCUUUGGAGAUCUAACCUAAAUCAAAUAUUAACCAUUUACCGUAUGGGGUCUGCUCCCUCAUAGUGACGGGCUAUUUCUAGUGUCUGCGGUCAGGGAGUUCCAGGCACUUACAGCGCGAUAGUAAAAUGACCGUUGCGCAGUAACUGUUCUGCAUGGAGGGAGAUUUAGAUUGUUCCUUUUCCUUGUAUUGUAGUAGUGUGCAUCUGAUCGCUUACUCAGUUUACUACUCAAGUACAACAGAGCAAGGCUAUUAAAAAGUUUGUAUACUUGGGUAGUAUCACGGACUAAUAGCUGAUCUUUGAUGGAGGGCCGCCCUAAUUCCCGAAGAACAGGCGAGAUGUGACUAAACUUCUUAGUAUCUGCUAAUAGGCGGAGGGCGAAGUUUUGCACUAAUUUUAACUCCUGCCCGUAACAUUUAGAUAUGUCUGUCUUCUGCCCUGCAUGACAUUAGGAAUUUAUUGUUUUCCAAACUUCAGAACAAGAAUGAGAUCAGCGAUGUUUAUUUUCUCGAAAGUGGAGCCAUUUUGGGCUAGUAUAAAGUCGUAGACUAACCCAAGGUUAAAAAGUAUUCUAAGGAAAGAUUUUGGAGCCGUUUAAAUAACCGAACAAGUCGAAGCGAUGUAUGGUUGAGCUGUCUUUAGAGCAACUAGCCAGGCAGUUUUAAAAACUUGCUAACCGAACAGGACGAACAUAUAUCGUGUACCUAUUGCUUAUUUCAGUUCAAGGCUUGUUUUUUCGUCCUGAAGGCCAUUCAGCUGUAUGAGCUGUGUGCAAUCAAACCGAAAGGAGGGCUUUAUACUUAUGUAGUCUUGAGUUUAACUUUCCAGGUACUUACAAAGUUCGACAAGUUUGUAUAAAAAGUUGGUUUUGCUUUCGAAAAAAAGGAUCAGAAAAUACUCAGUUCUCGUCAAAAGAAAACUGCUGUAGUUGAUGUCUUUAUUUUGAAUACACUAGACUUUCAUAAUUGUUUGUGAUAUGAAUAUUUAAAGCUUAUCUGAAUCACAGUUGUGAACCUGUAUAAUAUCUUGGAAGUGGUCUCCGCUUUGGAAACUAAGUGAUUUUGUUCAGUUUUCUAUGCUUGAGCUUUUUGUAGAGAAUUCAAACAGGAUGUAAGUCUGGCAUCAGAGCUAUCUGGCUAUUUUUCGUGGUAGACAGAACGUGAAUCUUCUACGAAAAAAAACUAAACUAAAGAAAAACAUCGAAGCUUAGCAUUAAUUCGGCAAAUGGUAGCGUCCUGCAUUCAUUAAAAUUUAAUGUGCCUCUCCUCUCAUCGAUCAUAAAAAUUAGCCAAUCAGCGUGCGAGAAAUGAUUCAGUUAUUGUAAAAAUGCGUUAUUAACCAAGCGCGAGGGCCGCACAAGAAAGUAAGAGAUUUUGGAAAUCAGGUCGUUAGAGAACAAAAACGGCCUAUUUCCCACUACGAUACUGAACAAACUUUACAAACUUUGUUAAUCAGGGUUCGCAAAGUAUUGAAAAGUCCUUGAAGUUUAAGGAAGUCCAUGAAAAGUCCUUAAAUUUCUAUGCAAGUCAUUGAAAAGUCCUUGAAUUUUCUUCAGCUUUGAAUUUAGAGGCCUGGAAAGUAUUUUUUGCUGCUUUUUGGUUGUCUAAGACUUUAAUACAAAUCAUAGUUCAGAAAAUUUAAAGGUUAUUUACAUAAAGUGCCUUAUGUCUUAUCAUAGUUAAUGGAGGUGACUGGUUAUGAAGCCCGGCAAACAUCAAAGGAGCAAACAAAGAUGCCAAGAUUUAUGUUAGAAGGUCCACGACCCUGCACAAUCUUUUGUUUUACGUUCAUACGUUAUGCAUGAAUUACGUAACCAGCACGUUUCUAUUGGUUAGUUCCUCAGUACGGAGUAAACAACUAUUGUGUUUUGUGCAGGGUCAAGGCCAAAAAAGAGAACAAAACCAUACAACAAAGAACUUUGUCGGGUUUCAUAACCAUUCCCUCUAUUAACUAUGGUCUUAUGCAAUAAUUAACUAUCAGGUUAAUGCAGGUGACUGACUGAAAAAUGCAGAGAAGUUGGUGAAGCAAACGGUUAAAGCCUUAUUAGAAUAAACUGGGAAUUUGAUUUUUUUUAUUUUACAAUCUGUGAAAUUCUAUUCCUAGUAGAUGGUCCUUGAAAAUCUAAUGUGGUCCUUGAAAACUCCUCGAAAAAUGGCUGCAGUUUUUUUUGUUUUUUUUUUAUGAACCCUGUAAAUAACAGAUUCAUUACUGGAGUGCAAAAAAGGAAAAGAGGAAAAUGAGUAAAUUAAUGAAUGAAUAAAUAACCAAAGAUAAAGAUAAGACUAAAAUUAUAUUUCACUGAAAAGCUGGUUGAAUCAUUCCUCCGUCUUCUAAUACUCUUAACCUAACGCAAUGGAUCCCUAAAUAAAUAAGUUUGAUCAGCAUUCCUGCAAUUGACACUAAUAACCAUCUGAUAGUUUGAUCCGAUCUGUUUUCGCUCUUUGAAUCAAUGGUCACUCCGAAGUCACACUUCAUAUUGUACCAAAAUUGUGUGGGCACCAGAAGACCUCAAAAUAUUCACCAAGCGAAAAUUUCACCCCUUCCAAGUAACAAACUCACUAAAAACACUACUGAUAUUAUCCAGCAAAACUUCUGACCGAGGUCUGAAAGCCCUUUAUUAUUGUUUAUUUUAUUUUAUUUUUUUCAUUUUUCCAGUGCUUAUCAGGUUGUAGUUCUGAAGGUGGCUGAUUGCAACAAGAACCUUCCACCCGAUUUUGAUUCUAAGCUAAAAAAUUCAGAGGGUGAUUCGCAAUACAACAUCGACUUUUACGUUUCUGCUGAGAUAAGUAACGAUCCAGUGCACGAGAAAACCUGGACAUUCAUAGUUGGUGAUGAGAAAAACUAUGGAGCUUACAAAAAUGCCGCCUUACAACAAGGGGAGGAUUAUAUUGUCUUUCAGAGAGCUUUGACUAAAGGCAGAACCGAAAAGGUAAAUCUAGUUUAG